AUGCGACUUUUCAGGAAACUCCUGGCAUCUAAACAGCCGGGCUUGACCACUUCCUCUCUAAGUACCAAUGAGGCUGCUUCACAUGUUGAACCCGCGGUCUUUGCAGCGUCCCUUCCAGCCAAUGGCGGUGACUCGCUGGUCGUACUCGCGUCGAUUCCGUACGCAGAUCAACAGCAGUUCACCUCCGUUCCUCCUGAUGAGGAGAAUGCUUCAUUUUCUCCUCUCCACGUGUAUCGUGUCGAGGAUAUUUUGAACAGAACAGGGUCGAGUGCGAAUCCUUCGUCCACGCCCCUCAGCGCUUCAUCGUCCUCGCUGCGUGCGGAAAGCGUGGCGGCAAAGGCAGGGAAUCCCUCCCCGAUGGAGCCCGCUAGCAGCGGCUGCAACGAUGAAAAGCGAGAGGAUAGACUGUGCUUCUCUUUUCUUUCCGUCGAGGAGAAUCUCAAAUAUCAAGUUAUUAGCAGAGAUGUCCGUAGAGCGGUUGGGCUUGACAAGGUCCUCCUGUACCAGGAUACAUCAUUUUCCCGCGCCGAGGGAGAGGGCAUGCAGCUGGAGACAACUCCUUCUUCAGGGUUCCCGCCUGACGAAGUGGCGAGCGAGAGCGAGUGUGAGGAGACUCUAGUAAGCGCAGGGGAAAGUCAUACAAGUUCUUUGCCGAGUUGCGACGAUUCAAUCUUUGCAGCCUCAAGUCGCGAUGCGGCGCGAGCGGGCGUGCCAGCUCCAUGUAAUGGGGCGGCUCUGGCCUCUGCGAAGACGGGAACGGCGACACCAGUCUCGUUUUUGAAGACAGCUCAUUCUCUCGGAAGUCAACUGUCCAAGGGGGGAAGGACCACUCACUGUCGCAGACAUGACACUCGAAAGGGAAACGGACACGGAGACGAGACGCAGGGGGGCCGCGUCAUCAAGGGUGUCGGCCGAGGCGCGACAGCGUGCGUGUUCGCUUCCUACAGAAGCCUUGUUGUGGGCGUAAGCUGGCUAGGCGCGAAACCGGCAGUUCGGGCUGCAUAUCUUUCCCAAUUCACACGCCUGAUAGAUUUGAAGAUUUUCUUCUGUCCCUUCGCUGAUCCGGCCUCUGAAUCAUGCCCGACGUGCUGGAGAGAUCUCUUGAUGUUGCUCCAGAACAAUCAGAAUUCGUUGCAACGUCUUUCCGUCGUCAGCCUUCCGUACGCUGCAGAGCUGCUGUUGAAACCUCAACGAACAUGCGGGAGCACACGCUCUCCCUGUGUCUCUUCUCCAUCGUCUUCUCACGAUGGUGUUACCAACGCUCCUGGGGGCUUGCGCGGGACGAUGGGUACUCGAAGUCACCGUCUUCCUCCCGCACCGGACCGCGAGCGUGGUCAGGAUGAAUCAUCUUCAAAAGCUGAUCGCGAAGCAGAAACAGUUUCUUGGGAUACGAGUGUCCGUGGUCUCGAGACUGGCGGGCUUAGCGACGGUCUCACUGGCUUUUCUUUUGGUCCCUACUCGUCAGGUGCCGGUGUGUACCUUUUUGAGCUCCGAGAGUUCUCGAUUGUUGGAUCCGCAGCUUCCUGCCUGGUGACGCUCGACGCCAUGCAGACGUUUCUGCCUCAUUCCCUCGAAAGUUUUUCUUUGCACGGGAACCUUCCACGUACUCUACCAUGCCCUCUUUUCAGCGUCAGCAGGGAUGGGGAGCGAGAAUCGACCAGGGUGACGCCUGGACGUGCAUGCGCGUCUUCAGCGGCGUUUCUCAAGGGUCUGGGUCUACACGGAGUACUACAGAGACUUUUUGGGUGGCGAAGGCCCGAAGGCAUGCACAUCGAACGGGCGGUCGGGACCGCCGGGAGUGCGGCGCAUACGAGGAGCAAUUUGGAGGGUGCUGGUUCUGCCGGACCUUCAUGGCGGCUGGAAGCGAACCGUGAGAUAUUAUUACGCAGUGUGAUGACGAUGCACAGUCUGAAAGUGUUAGAUAUCCGCCUGCCUCCUGCUCUCGAUCUUUUCUCUGUCCGGCUUGUCCCUUCGCUUGUCCUUCUGAGCACCCGGCUGCGCAAGGUCACCUUGGAUGUUCGACAACUCACAGAACUAGUUGAUUUGGGUAUACUGACGGCUAACACUGUCAUACAGCCCUUUGGGGCGGAAGGCCUGGGUAGGCAGCGAGCGAGUACGUAUCCCGACGACAGUACCGGCAUUCCCAGUGAUAGUGGUCUGCUUCCGGCAGAGGCAAGAGUGCACACUCUUCUUCCCAACCUCAGAGAGGUCACACUCCGAGAGCCCCUGCAUUUAGGGUGGUCUGUUCACGAUGUGGCUAGAUUUGCUGGAAUUCUUUCAGCACUUCCUCAGUGCACAGUAACAGCAUCGUCCCUUGUCCUCCACCAGCAUCCGCUUUUGGGCACCGUUCUUCCUUUUUCUGAUCAUUCGUUUCCAAGUGGCCAAACCCCCUGCGAGCGACGCGAUGGAGACACGCCUUCCGGCGAGUCGUUCCUGCGGCGCUGUGGCGACCUGGGAGGCAGUUCUGACAACGGCGAUGAGGCGGUCGGUGCAGACGGGGCGAUACUCUCUAUUUCAGAGAGUGUGGACGAGUCUGCACGGGAUCGCUCACUAAGGGCAGAGAUGGACAUGUCCCGCGAGAGCGUAGAGACGGACAGCGGAGAAAGACGCAACCCCGAUGGUUCUCUUCAAAAUGGAGAUGGAGAGGACAGGUCGCACCUGGAAGCAGAGUGGGAAGAAGGAGAAACAGGAGAUGGUUUCCUUGUUGGCCGUGCUCAGUAUAGGGCGUUGCUUCAUGAGAUCAUAGAGCAUCUCGCGCCGAACAUAUGCAGUCUUCGCGUUCGGUAUACAUCGUCGACGACGUGCGACCUGCCUUUGUCAUUUGUCUCAUUUCCAGCUCUACAAGAGCUGGUUCUCGACAAUUACCUUCCGGAUGUUCAUCUAGAGAUUGACAGAAUUGUUGUUCCACGGACUCACGUGGUUACUGUAGAUUUGAAUGGCCACCAGCUGGGUUCUACACACCAACGUGAAUUUGAGGAGCUGCGUGAGAAGAACCGGAAUGCUCUCAAGCGUCACGGUGUGCCUCGUCAAGGCUCUUAUCUCCGCCUGUUCCGAGCACUGGAACCGGUAUCGUACUGUUUUAGGGGGCUGGAGGAUGUGCUUUUUCUUCUUGCUCUGAACGAAGAGCUGCUUGCGGAGGUUUCACCUGCACCUGCCUCGCGUUCGAGCCCCGUCCGACCUGGAAGCACCGAGGCUGCAACAGACUGUGGGCCUGCUUGUGCGAAGUUAAUCUCGGGUCGUCCAGGUCUCCUCUGUCUCUCGAUAACUGUCUCUGGAAAGGAUCUGAGAGACAGUGCCCAGAAGUUAUUAGCCGACGCAGAGCGAUACAUGAAGGAGAAUAAGACGUUUAGGGAAGACCCAAGUGACGGGGGCAGCGAGUAUGCUGGCGUCGUCGGAAGCAGUCUAGAAUGUCCAGAGGUGGAACUGGAGGAAGCGCUGACGGGGGGCAGCAGAAGGAGUUCCAGCCAGAAGGAAGAGGAUCCAUUUUACGUCUUAAAUUUACAACAGCUCUUUCCCGCUCAUCCGCACUCCGGGGCCGCGUUGGCAUCACCAGUUUCAGGUGAGGACGAAGAAGUUGAUCAAAAUCCUCAGCCCGCGUCCACUACAUCCGUGGGUUUUCGCGUUAGCCAAUAUACACGGAAUGCCUCAUGGCCUUCGCCGUCGUCGAUGUUCGGAGGAUGUCUGCGUUUCGACGACGUGGAGGCUGCGGCGAUCCCAGUGCCGAGAAGAACUCCGUAUGGUGCCCCACAGGCAAGCUCCGAGACCAAUGCGGUGGAUGCAGAAAACGUUAUUGAUCGGAGGUGGUCGUUAUCCGAGACAGUUCAAUCCGGGCGGAGCUCCCAGCAGGGUAGGGACAGAAGAAGUGUAUUCAGCCGUUUAGCGUCGCGAGUAUUUACGUUUCUGGAAAAAAAUUUGGGAGGUAUCUGCGGGGAAGUCAUUACUACGAUGCCUGCUGCUGGUAAUGAGGGUGGGGUCCUUCUGGCGGUCAGCGUCCUUGCGCUGAUUUUCGGAGACGAUGCAACUGCAUCGGAGGUCCCCAACAUUUCUGCAUGUCUACGGAAUUCGCGAUAUCAAGACCGCCAUCAUUACAGUACACGUCCGCUUCCACAGGCUCUGGAAGGGUUCGUGGCGGAGGAGGCAGUUUCGAGACCAUGCCUAAAGUUUGUGGGUCUCACCAUAGUCGACCUCGACAUGCAAGCGACUAGCGAUGCUAUCACAGAAGAUGUUCUGUUCGCCGCAACGUGUGUCAUCGACGAGAGGUUUGGCAGGAAUUCCGGAAUGGGAAGAGGCUGUGACCCCCUCGUGCCUGCCUCGCAAGGAUCGCAGGUAUCUCUUGAUCAAAGACUGCAUGCAAGCACGAUCCCACUCACACCUACGAAGACGGCAGAACCACCGCUGCGUUCCGAAAGCCAAUGUCCUACCGGUGGACGCGGUCUCCGUGUCUCUAUAGAGCAACCGCUGCGGCCACUUCGUGCGAGGCCUUUCCGGACUGAGCUGUCGAGCUCAGAAUUCGAUGCCAUCGAAUUUGACAGGCAGUUGCACAGUAUCGAUAAGCAGACGGGCUUUGGGGGUAUGGAGCCAACGCCGCGGAACUCGGGAAAGGAAGGUGCAGUAGUGGGCGUGCCCAGGUGUGGCGUCACGGGCUCGUCAGGGAUAGUCGGUGAACCGAUAGAAAUGGCGAAGCGCCGGAACGUGGACAAGUCGCUUCUCGAGGAAGAGACGCCGGGAGAGGACAGUUACAUGACAGCCACGGGCACAUUACUAUGGAAGCCACCCAGGCCUGAUCAGACCGUAUCUUCGCGUGACGGGUGGCAUGCCUAUAAGCCACACAGAAAUGAGCACGAGAAUGCGGCUUUCUGCUGUCCCGUGAUUGGUUGCCAUUUGGAACGCCUACUGGAAGCUUUUCCCACUCUGAUGUCCGUGCAGCUCCGGUAUAGCGGCCAGCAUCCGCUGUACCUGUUAGAUGACCAGGCACUUCGCUCGGCGUUGGAGCCGGCAACCAAAUUCUUGCGGACGCGUUGCGGUGAAGACUAG